AUGAUUGUAGAAUUUGGAAGAAAGGCACACGAAUGUUGGAUUGACUAUGCGAAUUUUAUGUUGAAAUAUGAGCCACUCACGUUACAAACAAUUCAUAGGCGCGCUAUGGCCUCAUUGGUAUCAGAUGAAGUCGAACUAUUUCUGGCAGCUUAUAAUAAAUUGCUGCAAAAUUCUGUUAGUAAUUAUACUGAAUCAAAUUCCGAUACGGAAAAGGAUAUUGAAAAUAUUGAUCUUAUUGAGGACGACGACGAUGAUACUGCAUAA